CGAACGUUACCCAUCCUCUAUACUCCAUUCCACUCGAAGCUCAGCAUCCCCAACCAUGGCGACGACGAUCGCCAUGGCCCUAACCCUUCCUCCUCCUCCCUCUCUCGAGCUCGCUCGAGACCUCCGAUGGCGCAACCCCCUCCGCAUCCACCCCCUUCGCCUUCGCCCGCUCCAAGCGUUGCGGCGGGGGGAGUCCUCUCCCCUUCCUCCGACGCUACGAGCCCUCGGCGGGAGCUCCGCCGCCGCUCCCUCCGAGGCGGUUGCUGAGGGUGAAGAAAAGGAGGAAGAGGAGACCUUCACGCUCCUCGCUUCCAUUACGAGUCGAUACAAUGAGAUCACGAUCGUGGAUAGCCCCAAAUCGAGGCUCUUACUCCUCGACAACAGCGGCAACAUUCAUAGCAUGAUUAAGAAGGAGAAUUUGUGGACGGGCUCUUAUUGGGAUGAGUUUGCAAGUCUUCCUGCUAUCAUUCCACAUGGACCAAUUGCUAUAUUAGGAUUGGGUGCUGGAACUGCAGCACGGUUGAUGCUCGAAUUAUGGCCUUCAUUGCACCUUAUCGGUUGGGAAAUUGAUGAGACGUUGAUUUAUAUGGCAAGGGAGUACUUUGGUCUAUCAAAUUUAGAGAAAUGCACCAAGUCUGGUGGCUCACUUUCUGUUCAAAUUGGGGAUGCUCUCUCUCCAUCUGCUACAGUUGAAGGAGGGUUCGCUGGUAAACUAAACUGUCUUAAGACACAUGCACAAUCUAUCGACAGUAUUAUCGUGGAUUUAUUUUCCGAUGGAAAGAUUUUACCUCAACUAGAGGAGGUUGAGACAUGGUUGGAAAUUGAGAAAAAGUUGAUGCCGCAUGGUCGGAUCAUGGUAAAUUGCGCUGGAAAAAAUGCUGAAGCAUCUAAUGAUGGAGAUAGAACAGCGCCUACUAAUGUUUUAGCCAUUACAUCUUGGAUGAAGAACUCUACAAUAAAGACACUUUGUCGUGCAUUUCCUGGAAAAGUAAGCUGGAAGAAAAUGGAAGGAGAGGAUAACUAUCUUGCGCUCACUGGUCCACCACCAGACUUGGACACUUGGUCAGCUGCCGUGCCGAGCCAGCUGAGCUUGAGUGCCAAACAGUGGAAACCUUGUGAACUGGACUGACGAUGCUUAUGUUCCCUUUCCCUGCACAAAAGGGCCUCCUAUUUGGUUCACAAUCUCCGUUAAUUUGAUCUUUUUGAUCCAUCCAACGGAAACUCUUAUUACUGAAGCAAUAUCUUUCAAUGUGACAAUCGCUAAAGCGGUGAUUGAUGAAGCGACAGCUUGCCUGCUGCGGCAGCUUGCUUCCAAAAACUGUGGAAUUACUAUCUAUGUUCACCUACUUCGGUCCAACAAAUUUUAAGCUGUGCACGUCCCUAUUUCAGCUCGGCAUUCUCUCUUAGUAAGUAUGCUUCACUGCACCCCUGUUUUCUCGUCAAAAUUUAAAACACAAAAGCGGUAUCAUUGUGAACUCACAAUUUUUAAUAAACACCAGACAAGGAAGUGAACACUGCAUUAUUCCAACAUGUGUUGGUUUUUACGAUUGUAUAUUUCUUGAACAUAAGGAAUCAUUGGCGUCUCUAUUUGGUUUUUACAAUUGUAUAUAUUGUUAUGCAGUUCAUAAAUCUUACGUUGUGAUUAAUUAGAUGCAGUUAUCAAUUCUUGUUCUCU